AUGACUAUUCGCGCGGUGCUCAUAUUCAACAACUAUGGCCGACCAAGGUUGACAAAGUUUUAUUCGCAUCUACCAACAGACCGACAACAAACGCUCAUCCAGCUCAUUUUCCAAAUUGUGAGUCGUCGUGACGAGAAUGCCGUAUGCAAUUUUCUGGAUGCACCUGAACUCACGCCAUUCCUGCCUCCCACCACCGGGGAUGCAUGGUCUAGGCUCAAGACAACGUCUUCUCUGAAAUCUGAUGAACAGGAGGAUGUUAGCAGUGACUUUGAUCCUUGGUUAGAUUACGAAGAUGAUCUAUCGACCGAGAAGCUUCAAUAUCAUCAUGCAACACAUCGAUGGCGACCCGAUGACGAGCUUCGCGUGAUAUACCGCCAUUAUGCCACAUUAUACUUUGUGCUUGUCGUCGACCAGAGCGAGAGUGAGCUGGGUAUUUUAGAUUUGAUUCAGGUUCUAGUCGAGGCGUUGGACGAAUCCUUUGAAAAUGUGUGCGAACUCGAUUUGAUCUUCCAUUUUGAAGAAGUGCAUGCUAUCGUUGAUCAGAUUGUGCAAGGAGGGCUCGUCCUUGAAACGAAUCUUGGACAGAUUGUGACUGCCGUGCAAGCUGUACGUCAAGCUUAUAAGGCCCCAUUGUCAUCCGCUUCAUCCAUCAGCAGCUUGCCGGGCUCUCUUGCUUCUAGCCUGAGUUCUACGUGGUCACCUUUAUCUCUCGGCCACCUUGCUGACCGCGGGACUGAUACCCUGGACUUUAUUCAACAGUUUGGAUCGCAGUAUUGGCAUGCCAUUCAAUCCAAUGCUGCGCGACCCUCCGGGAUGCGCUCACGCUUUUCGUGA